UACAGAGACACUUCCUCCAUAUACAUUCGUCAAGCAUAAACAGAACGUUUUCUCGAUUCUGAUGGUAACAAAAUAAAGUUUUUUUUCAGUAGAGUUUCGAUGUAGUGCUCACAAUGCAACAAUCCUCAAAAGGAAACUCCGGAGAAGAUGUAAAGGAGAGUCCCUCAGCAUUUUCAGUGUGUUCAAAGGACGGAAAAUUUAAAAGACCAAAUUCUGGAAAACGCGACAGUGGAUAUCACACGGAUAACUCACCUGCAGCUCAUGGAGGUCAACUUAUGUUUAAUUUUGAUGACAUCCCCUCGAAAUCGGGUGAUCAUCCUUUUCAUGAAAGUUUUGAAAGUUCUGGUGUGUUUGAUUUAGAAGAACAAUUGUCUGGAGAUACCAGCGAUCAGGAAGUUGAGAUGGUGUUGUCGAACCCAAAUUCUCCGAGACCUGAGCCAUCGAUACCUUUGGCCUCUCGUCCUUCUGCACCCCUCCCUAGGGAAAGUGAUAGAGAAAUGCAAUUGGAUUUGAUUCAAGGGAUAGAUAGUGAACCUCAUCUUAGUAUAUCCUCUCCAUCACAAAACAGAGGGGUUUCUUUCCAAAGAACCCGCUCGCGGAGACACGGAUGUUACUUUCGACCUAUUGAAAAUCGGUCUGUUGGAACCCAGACUCCCACCCCAACUUGCCAAAUCGUACAUGAUGUGAUUGAUCGUUUUCACCCUUAUGGACAUAUACGAGAUUCCCUGGCGCGAAAUCGACACAAUUCGGCAGGGGAACAGAAUCCGUCCACCUCUAGUCCGCUCCCAGACAUCAUUCCAUCUUCACGUGACCGCUCGGUAUCCCUCCCCGACGUCCCUUCUCUCCGCCAGCAACAGGAGCAGGCGGUCGGGAGGGAACUCCGGAGAAUCAGUGACGAGUUUCAUUACGCUUUUACAACACCCCCACGUAGAGCCAGAUUGUUUGGGGAACCGCAGUCGUUCCCGGGCUCCGUCAGGUUUAACAUGGCUCACCUAUGGGAUAGUCUCAGGAGUCUCAUUUCCAGCCCGGUGUCAAUUCGCCAUGACAAUGAUGAAAACGACCACUUCGAGGAUGAUGUUUUCCCCCCGAAAUGUUGACGGAAAUAUUGUUUGAGUCAGAGUACUCCAACGACAUUUAUAACCUUAUAUUUUGGAACUUAUUGCUUCCAUUGGGUGCUUUAUGUAAAUUAUGCAAUGGAUUAAUUCUACUCUGAGUCCGAUCGAGUUAAUGUCAAACACCGUUAAACGACAAGAAAUUAUUGUAAUUACGAUGAAAUAGCUUGUUGUGUUUGCUCAGUUUUGUGGCCUAGCCCAAAUUUUUCUGGAUCUCAUUUUUUUUUUUUUUUACAAACUAGUUAGUGUAUAUUUUCGUUUGUAUUCAAGUGUUUCCUCUUAGUUGUUAGUGCUUAUACAUACGUCGAAUAUACAGUAUUUGGUGCAUGUCUCUCAUUUUGACAUAAUACUGAGAUUUUUUAAAUCAGAAGAUUGGUGCAAACUCAUCGAAAAAACAAGCAGUUUACAGAGCGAGUGCUUCAAUAUGUCGGCCUUUGAGUAUUUUGUUUUCAUGUUUCAAGGUGUUACAAAUUUCGAAAGUUAUGUUUCAUGUAAGAAAAUAAUCAAAACUCAAUAUCUCCCUAAAAAUGUGUUCAAGUAGCGUUUUUUUGUUUUUGUUUUUGUUUUUUGUUUUUUUUUUUUUUUUUUGAAACGUAGAACAGAUAGCAAGACAGUGUCAAAAAAUGUUCAGGUGUAGCUUAGCUAGCUCAGACGAUACGGAUAGAUGACUAGUUAUAUAACAUUGGCCACACCCAGUCUCAUCGCUAGUUAUAGUCACUGCCACAUUCAGGUUAAUGGUAUAUUGAUUUUUCAGUGUUAUAAAGGGAAGAUGAAAACGUAUAUAUCCAGAAAUGAUUAGAUACUGCAGGAAUUUAUUGAUUUGACACAGUCAUAGUGAGAGAGUGAGUAGUGACCUUGUAUUCAAUACUGACAGUCUAACAACGCCUCGACUGAUAAGAUCACGCAACCAUCGAGAAUACACGAGACUGACUAGUGUUUGUGAAAGAUUAUAAUAUACAGUAGAAUAUACAGUAGAAUAACUUUUGCUUAAAUUGCUGAUAUCAAAAUAAUAAUAACGCACAAUGAUUUUUAUCUGUCCCUGUGUGUUGAUUUUUUUAAUAGAUGCAACAUCUGUCAUCAGGAAUGAGAUGGUGUUUAUAAUAUGCUAUUUCAAUCUGUUUACAAACCACAUUGUCUUUAAAUGUGAAUUAUUAUUCAUAGACUGCAGAUUUGUUGUUGCACUUGUUUUGUAUAAUAUUUGUACAUACUAUUUUCUGGCGUUGAUUCCAUGUCAACAGAGCGAUAGAGGGGUUUUUUUCUCUGUUGGAUUUAGAUCACAUUGAUUAGAUCUAAGCAUUGUACAUAUGUUUGAUGUAAAUAGAUGUUAGACUGAAAAGAUUGCUAAGUUUUCCAUUGAUCUCAAUAUCCCCAGUUAAAAAGUCACCGGACUGUGUCCCCCUAAUCAGUCACGUGCCUAUACGGUGUGCCAACGAUAAUAUAUAGUUUAUUCUUUAAAUCAAAUACAUUUUACGUUCAAUUUGUUAAUAACCUCUUAAUACUGGUGCAAAUUAUUUUUACUUUGCUACAUUCAAUCUCUCUUGUUCCCUUAUCUUAUACUCGACAUACUUUCCUUCAAAAUUUCAUAUUUUUAAACAUUUUUCACACAAGAAAAAACAUCAUAUUUGUUUACCACUUUUUAUUGUGCAAAGGUCUCAGGAAAAAACAUUUAUACAUUAAAAUGUUUUGCAUAUUCAUACAUUUAUUCAAACGUAAGUUUUUUUUCUGGCCAUCCUUACAGUUAUAAUCGCACAAUGUUUGUUGCCGUCUCAGUUUUGAUAAAACUAUUUCGGAAAAGCGAAAUGUGAUCCCGAGCGAUUUUUUAUUUGAUGGGCAUUGUGAGUUCAUUGAAGAUAGUGCUGAUCCGGGUACAAAGAGUGAUAUUACGGGGUACAUUGUUCUAUGUUUAUUUUUCUAGUUUAAGGGAAAAAAAAACGAAUAUUGUAUGAAUUUUCAGAUGGAAUAAAAAAAUUUUGAAAGAAAAAUAAUAAAAUAAAAUGAACGAAACAAU